AACGGGAGUUUUGAAAAUUUGAAUUCGAGUGAGGUUAUGUUGUUAUGUCUCUCUAAACAAUUUUUUCAAAGUUUUAUACUUUUUCAUUAAAUUAUAAAUAAAAAUGUAUGUCAAUUUGUUUUUUGUAUUACAAGCAGAGAGUAUAGAAUGUAACAAAUUUUCAUUCUAUCCUCACUGAUUACAAAAGAAUCAGCAGGACUUUAGCAGAAACUAGACAGAAUGCAGAAGCCAAUGUCGAACGUGCAACGCCUUCGCCAAGCAUGUGGGGGCCAAGACAAAGAUGGAGCCAUCUAUGGCAAACUUUUCUCCCCAAUCAAAAGUUGUGAACUACUCAUCAGUGUCGAUGGAUUUGACAAGUCUCUGCAGAAAUCUGAAACAUCGUGGAUAAGAUUGGCUAUAACCCUGUUACCCAUAAUUGAAAAAAGUGAUAAAUGCAAAAGGGUUUUCAUGAAUCUUCUAAGACUGAUACUAACAAAUAGACACUUGGAUGGACGAGAAAAAUUUUUGAAUUUUGUGUGGAAAUAUUUAGAAAGAAACAUGACGUCCAACAAUUUGGAACUGAUGGAAGUAGUUCUGUCGAAGGACCCCGAAUGUUUAGAAAUUGGAAUUAUCAGUUUGCUUAUGAAAAGUAUCAACGAAAGAGACUCGAAAAACAGUAUAAGGGAACAUCCAACUACACAAUGGUGUUCAAGGUCUAGAAUUGUAUUUUCAACGGCAACAAGUAUAAUGAAUGAAAUAUUGCUUCGAUCAAUUGAGAAUCCUAGUUUAAGUGAGAAAAUUUCAAAUGUAAUUUAUUCAUUCAAGUGCUGUGUGGCUGAGACGUGUGAUGAUACAACCAGCUUGUACCCUCUCAAGUACCAAGGCUUGGUUAGUAUGCUGCAAUGUAUGGAAGGUGCAGAUGGAGAAGAAUCGGUGGAAAACGAAACGGCAACUGACAAAAUGCAUGAGAAAGAAAUAAAGAAGAGAGUUGCGGCAUUAGUUGACAGCAAGCUGAAGAAUGAUACACUGGCAGCCUUGGCAAUCCUAUCUCAUCACCCACCUUUCAUAUCAUUCCUACAUUGUGAUUACAAUCCCUAACGCACGCAAUGCUUUACUUUCCUAUUUAAACCAUUUCUGCAUCCCGUUACAUUAUCAUAUUGUAUCAUGUCAUUUGUAUAGUUUCAUAUCCAUACAAUCAUAUUCUUCACAUGACAUUGAAACGGAGUGCACAAAUUACUGAUAUUUAAAAAUUCAUCUCCUAGCUUUUUAAUCAUUGUAUUCUUAGAUUCAAGUUUAUUUUAAAUUAUUUUCCUAUUUACAAUGCAUGAAAUGUUUAACCUUAAUCAGAAAAUAAUGAAUUCUAGUGAAUUUCGACAAGGAAAAGUACAAUGUAGGUAUAAGUAUUAUAACACCAUUAAUGCCUAACACACUCUAUCUUGUCAGAAUUAUUAUUUUAAUAAUAAAUCAUAGUAAUAAAACAUAUUAUUUAUAUACUCACCACAUUUUGUUUACGUUUUCAAUCCUCAUCAUUAAAUAUAUUUAAUAUAUAUAACUGUCUUGUAAUUUCUAUAUUAUAUUUAAUAAUAUAUAUUUACUUCUUAAAUUUCAAUGAAAUAUUCUGAUCUCACAAUAUGGAGUGUCGCUUUUCGCAUUUAGGGAAAUGUAAAUGGCAGUGUAAUUGCUAAAAAAUUAACCAAGUAGUUCUUUCAAUUACAAAGAACAAACUUACAAUUCUUCGUUUUUCUAGAUAUAACCCACACCACUAGUUCGAGAUGCUGACACUAGUUGACGUAAUUGCCGAUUGGUUAAUGUAGCCCAGUCUAACGCAUGAGUAGCGCACACUCAACAAUAUUUUAUUCAAGACACUGUUUUAAAACUUUCAAUUAAUUAUUAGUAGCAGAAUCUAACAACAAAACGCUGAGUCAACACUUUAUAGUUGUUGGCACGAAUCACUGCUGUGGUGCUUCACACUAUUUUUUUCAAUCAAAACACAAACAACUUGGUCAAUAAUUCAACUGAUUAUAGAAAUAAUUAUAAUUUUAAACCCUAAAUACCCGGAAAAACCUUCCCCAAUCACUCUCUUCAAUUAUUAUAUCACUGUUGUUAUAUUCUACAUUCGACCAAUCCAAAAACAUCAAAAUAUAAAUUAUUACAAUCGUGUGUAGAAAGCAUCAAUAAAAUUUAUCUGCAAUUAAUACAAUUGAUUAAAAAUAACAAUUCACAUAUAUUUUUCUCAUUUUAUAAUCUGUAAUAAUAUAUAUAAUAAUAUAUCUAACCAUAGAUAAAGAAUUCAACAUACACAUUAUCAUGCAUUCAUCAUCAUGAUGUGGAACAACGUUCAAACUUAAACACUGUUUAUAUAAUACAAAAAUAAAUCUGCUCGUAAUUAUUAAUAACUUUCGUUCAAACAAAUCGAACACUGAUACCUACUUAGACGAUUAUUAUUAUAAACUCUUAAUAAAUAAUAAUAAUUAAUUACUGAGACACUCGUACAAAUAUUCACCCACAACAUACGUCUGGACCAGCCAUUCGUGGUUGGGGUGAAGGGGCCAACCAUUUCUCCGACAAACCGACUCACCGUCAAAACCAGUUACCCGACUCAACAAAUGCCGACAAGCCCGGAUUUUGAUCGGUUAGGAUUGUUGGUAAAACGAUCGGCUUCCUUGCAAUUGUAUCUACUAUAAUUAAUUAUUCAUGGUCGGCACUACUUAGUUGAACAGAAAUUAUACAGAGACAUCACUUGAUACACAAAUUUUGGUAACUAAUUGUAUAUUAUUAUAUUUAUAAUGUAAGAAUAGUCAUCAUUAGUAGUAAAACAAUGUUUGUGAAUUUACCAACUACUAAUAACAAAUAUAUAUUACCUAGGAUUCGUGAGUAAGCGAAUCCGGGAGCAGAGCUGAACUAUUAUGAUUGAUUUAUGGGACUAUUUAUCAUCAUCUGUGCUUGGAAAAGUGACAGGAUGUGUGAGUGAACUUACAAUAUAAUUUUUCAAACACCAACAAAUAAUUACUACAAAAAUUUCAAUUUUAAAAAUCAAAUGCGUUAGGGGGCGUUAAGUAGAGGAGGGGUGGGAGAGGACUAGAAAAGUUAUCUACUCUUGCACAGGUAUUCAUCAAUUUUCUUUUUAAAAUUCAAGAGAAAAGAACAUUUUUCUUUUGAAAUAUCGAUAGAAAUAAAGAAACGCAGAUUAGACGGAAUACGACAGGAGAUUCUCCCUAGGGAAACCUCCCAUCCAAUUAGAUUAUUUUCAAUUCACGCUUACUGUACAAAUUUAUUUAUUAUUUUGCAAAGUUUUUUCACUUUUCUCUCCCCUCUUGCAUUUCGAGUCCAUUCUAUAAAUAUUCAUCUAUAAUAUAUAAUUAUUUAUAUAAUAUAAUCUUUUUUCAAUAAUAUAAUCACUUUCAACACCACCAGCCCGUUGUUUUUAUUGGUUUUUAAAACAUUUUAUAACUCUUCAAACAAAAGCAUAACACUCUUUACACGUUCUUCUUUCUUUUUCUAUAAACCCAACAUAUUAUUACACAACCAACAAAUAAAGCAAUCAAAUAAAGCAUAAUAACAUUUUCUCUUCUCUUAUCUACAAGAAAUCUUGUACAUUUUGACGUACAGACCGCAUUAAUAAACUACUAGCAAAUAAAAUAAAGCCAUAUAUUUCUGCAACAAACAACUUUUACGCCCCGUCAGCAAUUCCUCAAACUUAAGGUUGCCUUGACCUUGAAAUCGAGCCUUAAGACUGACAGGACGUACUGCGCUUGGCGCAUACUCCACUUGAACAAUCCACACAACGAGAAAUACAAACAAUUCCAAGGGCUUUCAGACCAGACAGAUACUGUACUAAUUUCAACUCGUUUGAACAAACUUCAAGUUCAUAGAUCAUAGUGAUCGAAACUUUUUUUUGGUCAAAAACUUGUUUCAAUAUU